AUGCCUAUUGUCAAUGUGAUUAUGUCUCGGAGGAAGAAAUACUAUGCGUACGAUGAAGAAGCCUUUCACUAUUAUAACGGCUACACCCAAACUGAUGAUCCGUCAUCUGUCAUCUGGAUCGUCAAGCCGUAUUUCCAGAAUUGCAAAAUUUUCCUGCUUAAGGGUGCUUUCCGCCUGCUCAGUGAUGAGAGGUUAAUAUCAGAACCCGGCCGCGCAUACCGUGUGAAAGACGAGGACCGCAUCGGCCUUUGCGGAAGCACGGCUGCAGUAGUAGUCAUAGAAGAAGAUGACCCAGGAACCAGCCGUCUUCCCAAUAUGACAGUAGGCCAUUCGCAGUGCCUCAUUUCAUAG